GCGAAGUUAUUUCCUUGUCAAUGUCUUUACUAAAACCUGGUAUUUGUCAAGCAUUUACCGAAGAAGUUGGUGAACUGUUAAGACAGGCUGAUAUUCGAACAGUUAAAGAUUUUAUAACUAGAGAUCCAGAGGAAUUGUCGCAAAAAUGUUCCAUACCUUUCCAUGAUGUUGUUGCAAUUCGACGGGUUCUGCUAGCCCAGUAUUCAGCAUUCCCUGUCCGAGGGUGUGAUGUGUAUGAUGCUGCUGUGCUGUCCACUGCCCUGCUGUCUACAGCAUGUGAUGAAGUAGAUCAACUAUUGGAUGGUGGUCUGUAUACAGGGGAGGUAACCGAGUUGGCUGGGGAUAUUGCUGCUGGUAAGACACAGAUUUGCCUUUCUAGUGCUGCAUGCAUUGCACACGAUAACAAACAGAAUGUGGUCUACAUUGACACAAGUGGUGGAUUUUGUGCUGAAAGGAUUGCUAAAUUUCUCUCAGCUCGUCAGCACUUAGAUGAGUCAAACAUUGAAUUAAUAUUGCAGCGCAUAAAGUGUAUCCACGUGUACGACAUCUUUGAAAUGUUUGCUUGUUUGGAGGAAAUAAAAAGUCACCUUAUAAAACAGUCGUGCUCCUUCUACAGUGGUCUGAAGCUUGUUGUUGUUGAUUCUGUGGCUUCAGUCGUGUACCCAGUACUUGGAGGCCAACAGAUGGAUGGGCAUGGUCUGAUGGUUCUCUUGGGUCAGAAACUCAAGAUGUUGGCUGUAGAUUUCUCUCUAGCAGUUCUUAUCACCAACAACCUGGUGUCUGGUGAUGGGGGUCAGCGAACGGCAAGUUUAGGCAGAACCUGGUCUCACGUUCCUCACACACGACUUGUUCUACAAACACGGGAGGACAAUAAAGUAACAAGACGGGCAACUCUAGUCAAGAGUCCCAGGAUGUUAACUCCACUGUCAACAGACUUCACAAUCUCAGAGUGAAUGACUGCAAUAUUUGUCACACAUAAUUAGUACUUAACAGCGUAGCCAUGGUAACUGCUGCCUGAAGACUUGUGAAACCAGUACUAGAUGUGUCCCCGG